AUGAAGAUGGGUGAGUUUCGAGAAGCUUCAGUUUCUUCGUCUCCUUCGUCUCCUCUACGAACACCGUCUCAAUCUCCGAACCUCAAUCUCCUCCGUCAAAACUUCUUCCAUGGCGAUUUCUCCCCCACCAGCAACAACAGAUUCUCUUUCAACUCCUCCUCCGAUUUCUCUCUCUCGAGCUCCUUCUCUAACGGAUUCUGUUCCUCCGACGACAGCUCCUCUCCCUUCGCUUCUCCUCCGUUCAACGGAAUCCUCCCUAAUCCUAACAAACACAAUCACUCCUCUUCUCCGAUCACCACUUACCACCUUCACGAUCACGAGAAGAAGAGUGUUAAUAAUAACGGCGAUCACCAUGAUUUAGGUCUGUGCGAAGAUCUCUACCGAAUGAAAAUCAGAGACGAUUUCGACGACGAUAAGCUCCGUUACGCACGAUCGGAGACUCUCGGCUCGAUUCCUGAGUCCGAUUUCACUUUAGAUCCACUCUCCAAUUUCAAUGGAUUCGGCGGCGACGGCGAUGGAUUCGUCUUUCCGUACGGAUUCUUCCGAUCACCGAAGGAUUCGUCAAACGACGACAAGAGGAACAUUUUCGGGAGCAACACUCAUCAACAAAUCCCAGAUUCCGCCGCUAAUUCUCGCCAAAUCGGAUGGCCUAGCUUCUCCGCCAGUAACGGCGGCGGUGGAAACAAUAACAACAAUCCGUACAUCAACGGCCACGAGAUUCUCGGAAUCGGAUCGAAUCGUGGAAUUAGAGAUUACGAAAACAUCAGAACAACAACAUCACCAUCAGAUAUGUUGCCGUUGUUUUCUUCUAAAGUCUCUGAGCCAUUUAGCAGCUCAGAUGAGAGUUUCUUCAUGGAAAGUAAAAGCUUGGAUCAUCAUCAUCAUAAUCAUAAUCAGAGCUUGCCUAACAUGUGUGACAUACAAGGUUACGUGUACUUGAUGGCGAAAGAUCAACACGGAUGUCGAUUCUUGCAGAGGAUUUUCGACGAAGGGACGCCUGUUGACGCAAUGGUUAUAUUAAAUGAAGUGAUUGCUCAUGUCGUUGAGCUCAUGAUGGAUCCGUUCGGGAAUUACCUCAUGCAGAAGCUUUUAGAUGUUUGUAGUGAAGAGCAGAGGACUCAGAUUGUGCUUGUUGCUACUGCUGAGCCUGGUCAGCUUAUUCGGAUCUCUCUCAACGCAUAUGGGACUCGAGUUGUUCAGAGAUUGGUGGAAACGAUCAGAACAGGAAAACAGAUUUCGCUUGUGAAGUCUGCGUUGAGGCCUGGCUUUCUUGAUUUGAUCAAGGAUUUGAAUGGGAACCAUGUGAUUCAACGUUGCUUGCAAUGCCUUAGCACUGAAGAUAACAAGUUUAUCUUUGACGCAGCGACGAAGUUCUGUACUGAGAUCGCGACGCAUCGACAUGGAUGCUGCGUGCUACAGAAAUGCAUUGCUUAUUCGAUGAGACAACAACGAGAGAAACUGAUCGCUGAGAUCUCUAGAAACAGUCUCCUUCUUGCUCAAGACCCCUUUGGGAACUACGCAGUCCAAUUUGUGAUAGAGCUGAGGAUACCAUCGGCGGUAGCGAUGAUGCUGGCUCAGUUAAAAGGGCAUUACGUUCAGCUUUCCAUGCAGAAAUUCAGUAGCCACAUGGUGGAGCGAUGUCUCAUGCAUUGUCCAGAGAGUCGUCCGCAGAUCGUGCGUGAGCUCGUCUCUGUUCCUCACUUCGACCAGCUUCUUCAAGACCCUUACGCCAAUUUCGUCAUCCAAGCCGCUCUUGCCGCCACAAAGGGUCCACUUCAUGCAUCGCUAGUGGAAGUGAUACGGCCACAUUCGAUUCUGCGUAAUAAUCCGUAUUGCAAGAGGAUUUUCUCGAGGAAUCUAUUGAAGAAGUGA